AACCUACAACUUACCCUGGGCGGACUUGUCCAGCGGAAUCGCCUGAGCUUUCAAGCGCUGAUCGAUCACGUACAGCAUCUCGCUGCCGAGAUUUAGCAGAAUAAAUAGAAAAUGCCGCUCGACGCGUACGACCUGUACUCGGAGCUGUGGCGCACCGUCGUCAUUAACGGCCAGCUGGAGCGGUUGACGGCAGCGCUCAAGGGUUGCAACACCGACUCGGAGAUCAUCCGAUACAUCCGCCAGGUCGUUGACGAGCACGGCAUGCUGGAGUUCAUCAAACCCAAGGGCGAUGGCAAGGACGAAAGUAAAGCGAUUGCUUGCCGGAAGCAGGGCAACGAGUGCUUCCACCCCAAGGUAAGAAAGUACGUCAAGGCGGUUGAGCACUACAACGAAAGUAUUGCCCUCUCGGAAGCCAACUCGGAAACGCUGGCCAUCGCUUACGCGAACCGUUCGGCGGUUUGCUUUGAGCUGCAGGAGUACGAGGCGUGUUUGGAGAACAUUCGGCUGGCGCGACAGAAUCCUUAUCCGGAGAAUUUGUUGGGCAAAUUGGCGAAAAGGGAAGCCGAAUGUCAGAACAAGUUCCAAAGCAACGGCGGAGCGGAGGUCAGCGAGAUACGGGAGCCGAAGUUGAGCUACAAACCGAAUCCCUCGAUUCCGCACGUUUCUGACUGUCUGGAGCUGAAGGAGGACAGCCAAUUUGGACGAUAUCUGGUGACGAAUCGCAAUCUCAGCGCUGGAGAUGUUGUGAUAGUAGAGAAGCCGUUUUCGCGACUGCUUGCGGCCCAGCUGCGUUAUCUCAACUGUGAUUACUGCCAUCAGGACGUGUUUCUCUCGUUGAUUCCGUGCGAAAGCUGCUCGUUUACGAUGUUCUGCUCAGAAGAUUGUCGUAAGAAGGCCAACGAGGGUUACCACUCCGUCGAGUGUCCCAUCAUCAGAGAUAUGCACUUCCUCUUCACGAAAGUAAUCCUGAUGGCUUUACGUACCACGACGAUGGCCAUCUCAACGUUCGGUGGUAAUCUAGACGAACUACGUCUCCACAUCGAGUCCAUCGACGAGUCAAACCUGCACCCGUUCAAGCUAGACUGGACCGGAAUCUCACCGCAGGAAGUGUACAGCACCAUCCACGUGCUAGCGACGAACCAGAAGCAGCGCACCCCAGGCGACCUGACGCAACGUGCAAUCUACGCGAUCGUGAUGAGCGAAGUUUUGCUCGGGAAAAGUCAACGUCUGAACGAACUCUGCGGCGACAACGAAUCCCACCGAGAUCUGGUGCGACAGCUUAUCUUCCGACACGCACAAACCUCUCCAGUCAACAUGCAUUCGCUGAUGUACAUGGACUACGCACCGGAUGCGGACGAGGAGCAGUUCCGUCAGGAAUCUCUGGGCUGUGGUUCGUUCCCGAUCUUGAGCAUGAUCAAUCAUUCGUGCGCGCCAAACUUGGUACGCGUGACGCUGUCUUCCGGGUGUGUCGCAGCGUUGAUCAACCGACCGGUCAAGAAGGGCGGCCAGUUGUUUGAUAACUACGGCUACCAUCACUGUCUGGACACGCUCACCGAUCGGCAGAGUGGACUCCGCGCGCAGUACAGCUUCAAGUGUGAGUGCGAGGCCUGCCGGAAGAACUAUCCGCUCUAUUUCUCGCUGAAACGUAUCGAACUACCCCCGAACGUGGCCCAUCCAAUCAACAACGACGAAUUUGAGCGGCUCAGGGAGCACGACAUGCAGACGGCGCUCAAGAAAAUGCCCGACUAUUGUCGAUUCAUCAACACAUUCGACGGCCAGUAUCCGUGCUACGACGUUAGCUCCGUCCAGGAAGCGCUGUUGCGCUGCUUUCAAGUCAUUUUUGCGACGCAAACGCGCAAGCUAAAGUACAAGGACUUGUCAUCUCUGUACUUUCCCAAAAACAGGUACUCUUUCAAAGAACAAUUAGGUCAAUCAGAAAUUAUCAUCAAAAUAAAUUUUCAGAAAAUGGUGCAGGACGCUUACAACCUGUACAUGGAACUGUGGGAGAAGAUCGACGAGAGAGGCAUCAAGAAACGGGUCGCGCGCCACUUGAAGGCCUGCCGCUCUAGCAGUGAAAUAAUCGCGUACGUGCGCAGCUUGCUGGACCAGUUCCGUUUGCUGACUUUGACCGGCCUGCCUGGCGACGGCAAAAACGAUGCCGAGGCGAUCGCUUGCCGGAAGCGGGGCAACGGGCUGGUGAACCCGCGGAUCGCGCGAUAUGUCAGCGCCAUCCGGCUCUACAACAAGAGCAUUGCUUUGGCCGAGGCCAACUCGGCGGCCCUGGCGGAAGCGUAUGGCAACCGGUCGGCGGUUUGUUUCGCGCUUAAGGAGUACCAAGCCGCGCUGGACAACAUCCGGUUGGCGCGGGAGAAUCCGUACCCGGAGAACCUGAUGCAUUUGAUGGACAAGCGCGAGCAGGACUGUCGGCAGUUGCUGAGCGAGGUUGGUGAACUGGGCGAGUUGAAGGAUGAAUUAGCGGCAAAGGUUGAGUUGAGCCACGAACCCAAUCCGAAAAUUCCGCAAAUUGCCAACUGCCUGGAGCUGAAGCACGAGGACCAGUACGGACGAUGCAUUGUGACGAACCGCGACUUGAAGGUAGGAGAUGUGGUCAUCAUUGAGAAACCUCACUCGACCGUGUUGGAUGAAGAGCUACGCUAUUUGCACUGUGACUUUUGCAACCAGGAAGCAUUCUUGAGCUUGAUUCCGUGCAAGCAGUGUUCGAUCACGAUGUUUUGCUCAAACGCUUGCUACCAGAGCGCACUGGACAGCUACCACCGCCUGGAGUGUCCGGUCAUCAAGGACGUACGCUUGCUUUUCCCGAAUGUCAUGGUUUUGGCUUUUCGAACUUUGGCCAAGACGAUUACAAGUUUCAACAAUAAUCUGGAAGAUCUGAAGCUGUUUACGGAAUGCGUGGAGCAAACAAGUCCGAGCCCGUUCGACUAUGACUGGACCACGAUUGGCGCCAAGGAUAUGUACGCGACAAUCCAUUCCAUGUCAACUCUGCAGGGUAAGCACACUACUAUAGAUCUGCUUCAGCACGUGGUUUAUGCCAUCGUCAUGAGCGAGCUGUUGUUUGGCAAGACCUUGCUGGGCGAACUGUGCGGAACCAACGAAGCCCAUCGGGACUUUAUCCGUGUACUCGCACUUCACCUGUGUCAUAUUGCUCCGGUUAACUUUCGGACCCAGGACUACAUGGAUUACACACCGAAAGGGAGGGAACAAUUCGGCGCCAAGAGCCACUUCACCGCAUCGUACCCCAUCAUGAGCCUGAUGAACCACUCCUGUGCCCCGAACGUGGACCGGAUCGAUAUGCCAAGUUCACGGGCAAUCGUCGUGAUUCGACCCAUCAAGAAGGGUGGCCAGCUGUUCGAUAACUAUGGCAUGCACUACUGCUUCGCCAAGCGAGACGAGCGUCAGACCGAACUGAUGGAUCUGUACUACUUCGAGUGCAAGUGCGAAGCUUGCGUGCGAAAUUACACCAUCUACCGAUUGCUGCCCACCAAACUACGGGGCGGAAGCUUCGCCAGCGUGAUGUCACCGGAGAUCGACGAAAAGCUGACUCGACACGACAAACGGGCCGCUGCGGCUGUGCUGCCGGCGUGUUACAAGUUUCUCGAGAAGCUGGACCACCUGUACCCGUGCCUGGAGCUGAGCGCAAUGCAGCUUUCCGUUCAGCGAUGCUUUCAGAUGCUGUACAGCUUGGAGUCGGGCAAAGAGAAGUACAAGGACAUUUGCCUGAUUUAGAAGGGGGUUGGGUAGACGUUACUUUGCUGUCUAAGUUUUUUUUUUUUGCGGAGCAGCAAUUUGUUUUAAACAUUUUUUUAUAAUUUACAUUUAUCCAUUGACUAACAACUAUCAUACGAAGUGUAUCAAACGAUACUCUGAAUAAAGUUUGUUCUCUUUCUCAACGAAA